CUGCUGGAAACAGUCAUGUUUUUGUUUUUCUCAGUUCGUAACAGGAUCACAGUGAAACUGCAGCACAGCUGGUCUCAGAUAUUCACUGGUGAGACAAUCACUCUCAGAUGUGAGAUUCAGGGAGGUGAAGGAAAGGUGUGGAAAUAUGAAUGGACAGCACCCAACACAAACAGCCCUCCAACAUCCAGUAAAUACUGGAUCAGGAGAGUUUCAGUGUCCCGCAGUGGAGACUACAGAUGUCGGGGUAGCAGUGACUAUCUCUUAACAGGAUGGAGUGAUGCCUUCAGACUGACAGUUUCAUAUAAACCAAAGGCCAAACUGAGAGCUGAUAACACAGCUGUUCCAGUAGGGGGCAGUGUGACCCUGACCUGCUCUGUGAACCCAUCAUCAUCAUCUGGAUGGAAAUACUACUGGUACAGAGAUGAGAAAUCCUCUGAAGCCCUGACCACACAAGAUGCAGUUUUCCACUCAAAUGGACAAAUCAGUGUCUCACAGGAAGGACUCUACAGGUGCAGAGGAGGAAGAGGAAACCCAGUUUACUACACAGAGGACAGCCAGUCAGUCAGGAUUGACAAAACUGUGUCAAACAGGCCUGUUGUGACUCUGUAUCCAAACUGGUCUGAGAUAUACAGAGGAGAGACGAUCACUGUCAGAUGUGAGAUCCAUGGAGGAGACACUGAGUGGGAUUAUGAGUGGGAAACAAACAGCAUGAUAAAAGCUCCAAAUCAAAAUGAAUACAGGAUUAGAUCUGCUUCAUCAUCCAACAGUGGAAACUAUCGCUGUAAGGGCAGAAUGAAAAGUUCACAGCAUAAAACAACAGAGUGGAGUGAUUCAGUCACACUGACAGUUUCUGACAGUAAGUAGAGUCAUAGUUCAUUUAAGCUGGAAAUAGAAACAGUUUGUAAAAAUGUGUUUUUAUUAGUACAUGUUGAGAUAUUUGACAUGUUUAGAUAGUCUCACUCUUAAAGUUCAUCAUAAAUAUUUGUGAGUCAACAUUUUAGUGACAUUGAAUUCAGAGUUAAGAGACGAAACAUUGAGAGAAAAUCUUUGUUGAACAGAUAAACC